AUGACAAAGAACAACUAUUUAUCAGAUCACGAACAAGAAGUCAUUUACAAUGUUAUUCUGGUAUCUUCAAUUCUUAGUCUAAUUGGAUCGCUUUUUGUGUGCUUUGUAUAUUUAGCAUUUAAAAGCCUUCGAGUAUUUGCUUUUCGGCUGGUAUUUUAUUUGGCAAGUGUAGAUGUUUUUAUAUCAAUAAGUAAUUAUUAUAUAGGCUUCAUGAUUCCAUAUGAUAAAGGAAAUUCUGUAAGAUGUAGAAUUCAAGGAGCAGCUAUUACUUAUUUUACGUUAUCUGAAGUACUUUGAACAUCAGUGAUUGCUCAUACUCUAUAUUCAAGUGCUAUUAAAAACGCUAGUUUUGAAAACUAUCAUCUAAAAUAUUGUCUUUUUUCAUUUGGAAUACCUUUAAUUGCUACAAUUAUCCCUUGGAUUGGUGAUUUUUAUGGGCCAUCUAACGGCUGAUGCUGAAUUGUUCAUGAUAAAGGCAAUGAAGGAUAUCAUACAUAUCUUAUCUGUUUAAAAUUGGCUUUAUUUUAUAUACCAUUAUGACUAGUCAUCAUAUAUAACUUUGCAGUUUAUAUGAAAAUUAUUAGAAAAUUACAAGAAAAUGAAGGGUCUUUUCAUGAGCAUACUAACAUAAGGAGGGUCUUAAUUAUGAAACUUAGACUUUAUCCUUUGGUUCUUAUGGUCUGCCAAGGCCCAGUCUCAGUCUUCAGACUGUUCUCUUUCUCUGAUGAAGGAUAUGCUCCAUUUGAAUUGGUUUUGCUUUCGGGCAUUGGAAUCUGUAUAAAUGGAUUUUUAAAUGCAGUUAUCUAUGGCCUUACUAGGCAGGUUAGAAAAGAAAUUGCAAAAAUAAUAUGUAAAUAUAAAACUGAAGGGAGGCCAGAAAGAGAAACAAUGACUCAGUCAUUGAAAAUAGUUGAGGAAUAA